GGGGGUUCUCUUGAUUGAUCUUCUACGCCGCCAAGCGGACAACAAUCCUAUUCGCGCUCCAAUUCAGUUGAUUUACAGACAUGAGGCAAGUCGCGGGAUUCCGCCACGGUGUACUCUGACUGGCAUCGGCAAGGGAUGGCCACUGGAUGAAGUGGGCUAACAUGAGUCCCCUGUUUGUAACCGUUGUGAGUGUGCUGUUUGCUUUGUCCGUUUCGGGAUCUCUGGGCAGCGACACUUCCUCGUUUAUCCAGCCGUUCAAUGACUGUAUUCACAGCAGAGGGAAGGCCGGAUUCUACCAAGGCUCCGUGGAUGUUACUGAGUCAGGGGGGAAAUGCAUGAACUGGAGCGAGGUACCCGGAGUUACCAGUCGGUAUCCGGGCAAAGGUCUUGGAGACCACAAUUUCUGUCGAAACCCAGACGGCAGGAUUCGACCAUGGUGCUUCUUCAGAAACGAGAGAGGAAGAAUAGAUUGGGGUUACUGCGACUGUAAACAAGGCUCGAUGCGUCUGCAAGGCGGCAGGUCUCGUCUGGAGGGUGCGGUGGAGGUGUAUCUGAAUGGAGUGUGGGGUUCCAUUUGCAGUAACAGCUGGGAUGACCGGGAUGCAGCCGUGGUCUGCAAACAGCUGGGCCAGGGCUUUAAGGGGAGUGCUCGAGUGAGUGCUCUCUCACGGCUGGGCUUCUCCACGGUGCACUGGCAGGCAGUGGAAUGUUCCGGAGAGGAGGGGGACCUUCUUCAGUGCCCAAAGACCGUGUGGAAUGGAGGCCAGUGCAGCCAGAGACAGGCUGCAGCAGUCACCUGCAGGCCACAGGAGGAGGAUGCUGGGUUUGUGCCCGUGCGUCUGUCUGGUGGCAGCUCCCAGUAUGAGGGUCGGGUGGAGGUGUACCACAGCGGCCAGUGGGGCACAAUCUGUGAUGACCAGUGGGAUGACAGUGACGCCGAGGUGGUGUGCAGACAACUGGGCCUUGGAGGUAUGGCACGUGCGUGGGUGGGGGCGUUCUUCGGGCCAGGCUCUGGCUCAGUGGUGCUGGAUGAGGUGCGCUGUACGGGGAACGAGCUCUCCAUCGAGCAGUGCCCCAAAAAUGCCUGGGGGGAACACAACUGCGCCCACACUGAGGAUGCAGGUGUGGCCUGCACCCCCCUCACAGACGGCUCAGUGCGUCUGGUGGGAGGUGCGGGGGGCUUCGAAGGCAGGCUGGAGGUGUAUUAUGGGGGCAAGUGGGGCACAGUAUGUGAUGACGGCUGGACUGACACAAACUCACAGGUGGUCUGCAGGCAACUGGGCUACAGGUCUGGGGAGAGUGUGUCCUCGGUGAGGUUUGGUGAGUCUUUGGGACCCAUCCUGCUGGAUGACGUGAGCUGCUCAGGGAAGGAGCCGGCCAUCACCCACUGCACAAAGAAAGAGUGGCUCAAACACGACUGCACACACACUGAGGACGUAGCCAUUAGCUGCAACCCAGAACGCACUGGACCUGGAGUGCCUACUAGUUUGCCAAUUCGCCUGGUCGGCGGUGAGAACACACAUGAGGGCCGGGUGGAGAUCCUGGUGGGCAGCCAAUGGGGGACCAUCUGUGAUGAUGGCUGGACAGAUAGAGACGCUGAGGUGGUGUGCAGGCAACUUGGCUACAGUGGUCUGGCUAAGGCUCGCAACAUGGCAUACUUUGGUGAGGGCCAAGGACCCAUCCAUGUGGACAACAUCAAAUGUACGGGUGUGGAGAGAUCCCUCUCUGACUGCAUCAAGCAACCCUUCGGCAUGCACAACUGUCGCCACAGUGAAGACGCUGGAGUCAUCUGUAACUAUGGACAACAGCAUGAUGGAGUCCUGUCGGAAGCAAAGGAGGCUGCCGUGUGUGGUCUCCGGCCAGCACAUACCCGCCAGAAGAGGAUCAUCGGAGGGCAGAACUCCUUAAGGGGCGGCUGGCCGUGGCAGGCUGCUAUCCGUCUGCGUGGCUCUCAGUCAGAUGGACGACUUGUUUGUGGAGCUACUCUCAUCAACAGCUGCUGGGCACUGACUGCUGCACACUGCUUUAAGAGGUAUGGAAACAGCAGUAGGCUGUAUAAGGUGCGCGUUGGGGAUUAUCACACGCUGGUGCCUGAGGACUUUGAAGAAGAGUACGCCGUGGAAAAGAUCGUCCUGCAUGGGCGCUACCACUCCCAUGGCAACGAUUAUGACCUGGCAUUGGUGCGGAUGUCAGGGCGGGGCGGAGCCUGUGUGUCACUCAGUCACCAUGUCCUACCUGUCUGUCUGCCUGCGCGGAGAGAGAGGGCACCCAGGGGCACUGGAAACUGCUACAUCACCGGUUGGGGCGACACAGGUCGAGCUUACUCCAAGACCCUGCAGCAGGCAGCCAUUUCUGUGCUCGGCAAGCGCGAGUGUGAGCUCCAUUUUGCCGGAACCUUCAACAAGCGCAUGUUGUGUGCCGGGGCCCCAUCCGAUGACCAUCGCCGUGUUGACAGUUGCCGUGGAGAUAGUGGAGGACCGCUGGUGUGUGAGCGACCAGCAGGGGGAGGGUGGGUCAUCUACGGUGUGACAUCAUGGGGUCAUGCGUGCCGUCUCCAUGACUCACCUGGCGUCUACACCAAAGUCUCUGCCUUCCUGCCCUGGAUCAAGAAGGUCACUGGCCAAUAGGAGGCCCCUUCAUGCCCUGGAUCAAGAAGGUCACUGGCCAAUAGGAGGCCUGCAUGACCAGAGGACGAACCAUGAGGACGAACCUGGCGAAUGAGACAGAUUCUUCUUUUCUGUCUAUCAUUCAGAUGCCCAGAUGUCACAGUGACAUGUUUGUCUGAUACAGUGAUGUGUAGAAAUGUAUGUGUAUGGUGUGUAUGUGUAAGGUGUGUGUGUGUGUGUGCGCGUGUGUGUUUUGUGUGUGUGUGUGUGUCUAUGUAUUUCAGUGAUGGUUUUAUUACUGAUAUGUGUCUCAGCACUUCUUGGUUGUAAGGGACCACUAGAAAGGGUAGAGGAGGUCGUGAAGCACAGCUUUUUAUAAACGUACUAGACAUCUUCAGUCAGACUACUGGGGAUUCCUCUCCACAGCACUAAAAGCCACUACAUACACAGGUAAAGACAGUCUUAACUCUUAUGAAGUCAAACAAUUGCACUAAAAGCCUCAGUGUGUGACCAGUGAUGUCUACAGCUAUUAUGACAUUGACCCUUGACCCCGGUAAUAAAUGGAUAGCUCUCUCUUGUAUCUCCAUUAACCUGGUAUUAUUAUGUGUUUGCUAUCAUGUGUAAUGUGUAGAAUUACCUGUUAUGUUAUAUUAUAUUCUCUAGCCAGUCUCGUGUUUCACCUAUGGGAAUGUGUAUUCAAUGUGUCGUUGCCUUAGACAUGUCAGAUAUGUUCACCUCCUGUUUCCACAAACUGUCGCCAAACCAGUCGCUGUUUCAUUUACGAGUGGAGUAGUUUAUCCCACUGAGGUUCACUGCCCCCUGUCUUAAUAAUACAAGUAAUUUUCUUUGUAUAAAUCUA